AUGACCGGAAAAAUGAGUGACCAAUUCUGUAACGUCUCACGGGACAAUAGCUGUAGGCUAGAUGCAGCUUUAGUAGAACUAACAAGAAAAUGGGCGUCUAUCAAGCCCUUGCUCAAGAACGAAGCAAAGCUUGUCAAAACUUCAACCCUGCUCCUUUGCAGGUAA